CUUUUACAAUUUAGAAAUAAGCGAUGUGUUCAAUUAACUGGUUAAUUUGGUCCAUCCUUGUAUAAGAGAAAGCAGCAAUUAUUUGGUAUGUAUCCUGUAUGAAAGUUCCAAUGGCUUCUUACUACUUCCUCUUGCUCGUUCUUGUCGGUGCAACCACUGCUUCUGGGGCAGAGCUAUGCACAGACUUUUACUCAUGCAACUGCCCAAAUUUGUUGCCAAUAGUGAAGAAAGGAGUCGCCAAAGCCCUUCAAAAAGAACCACGCAUGGGAGCUUCCUUACUUCGAUUGCAUUUCCAUGACUGCUUUGUAAACGGUUGUGAUGCAUCAAUAUUGUUGGAUGAUACAAGCAACUUUGUUGGAGAGCAAACGGCAGCAGCUAACAACCAAUCAGCUAGAGGGUUCAAUGUGAUUGAUGAUAUUAAAGGGAGUGUGGAGAAAGAAUGUCCCAGAGUGGUGUCCUGUGCUGAUAUUCUUGCUCUGGCAGCUCGAGAUUCAGUAGUUUAUUUAGGAGGACCUUCGUGGGAAGUAGGGUUGGGGAGAAGAGAUUCUACAACAGCAAGCAGAAGUGAUGCUAAUAAUAGCAUUCCCGCGCCUUCCCUCUCUCUAACUGCUCUCAUCAAGAAUUUUGCAAAUCAAGGCCUCUCAGUUACAGACUUGGUGGCUCUUUCAGGGGCACAUACGAUUGGGCUGGCUCAAUGCAAAAAUUUCCGAGCUCACAUCUACAAUGACUCCAACGUUGAUCCCUCAUACAGGAAGAACCUGCAGAGCAAAUGCCCCAAAAGUGGAAAUGACAAUAUACAUGAAGCCCUUGACCACCAAACUCCAAUCCAUUUCGAUAAUCUAUACUUUCAGAAUUUGGUGAGUAAAAAGGCUCUUCUUCAUUCCGAUCAGGAACUGUUCAAUGGCAGUUCUACUGACAAUUUGGUAAAAAAAUACGCUACAAAUACUGCUGCCUUUUUUGAAGACUUUGCCAAGGGCAUGGUCAAAUUGAGCAACAUCAAGCCUCUCACAGGAAGCAAGGGCCAGAUCAGAAUCAAUUGUGGGAAAGUCAAUUAAACAUAAGCAAGUGAUGUAUAUGUUUAAUAUAAAUUCAAUUUCCCUCCUCCAAAAUUAUGUCAAAUAACUUUAUCCUCGCACCCUCAAGCAACCUGGUUUAUCAUCAAUAAACUACCUAGUUUUAUAUGCA